UGACUGUGCACAUCAGAGCUUAAAUUAAAGAGGAUGCAUGGAGAUCUCAGACAGCUGGCAGGAAUAUUCAUCUCCUCGGUGCUCAGCGCGUCCUGCCUGCAGUCAGGGCUUCUCCUCCUGAGCCCGCCGCAUCAUGGGAGGCUCUACCUCCUCCCUGGUUGAAGAUGCUGAGGGUGAUGCUGCGCCCCGGGGUGCAGCUCUGCCCCCGUCCCCCAUCAUGGGCUGUCUGAGGAGCAGCCAGAGCACCUCCCUCCCCCGGCAGCUCCCCCGACCCGGCCGCCACAGAGAGCGCAGUUUCUCUUCAGGCUCGGUGCCAAUGCAGAGGAGUCAGUGGGCUUGUGGCUGCUGCACCUUCCUGAAUGCGGCGGGGGCCCCUCGCUGCUCCAUCUGCGAGGCCCCUCGGCGCCGGACGUGGCAGGGAAACAGGGAGGACGGCCGCUGGUCCUGCCCGCGCUGCACGCUGGCCAACCCCGCCGACAGCCUGAUGUGCUCUCUGUGCGGCUACACCGGGGCGCUGGACCGGCCGCGGGGCUCGUCACAGGACCAGCCCCGACCACACCGCUCCAGCAGCUGCUCCGGGCCCCUGAGGCCGCCGGCCGCAGAGCCGUGCAGGCAGCAGAGCAGGACGCGGCCAGAAGACGUGGUUAAAAACAGCCUGGUGUGGGAGUGCUCCAGGUGCACUCUGCAGAACACCCCCACCUCCAUGUCCUGCUCUGCCUGCGGCGGACCACGCAAACUGUCCCUCCCACAGAUCCCCGACGCCGCCCUGCUGCUGCCUGAAGAUCAGACGGCUCAGCAACCGGAGGCUGCAGGGGGGGCGUUGUCCCUCUCCAUCUCCACUGGAGGAGAGUGUUUACCAGUGGAAGCUUCAUAUACACACACUAACUCCUCAUCGCUCAGCGCAGCGUCUUCAGGUCAUAACAACCCUCUGCCCUGCAGCCGCAGAGAGGUCCCGCCUCCAGAAGGCUGCCUCGGCCAGACUAACUUAAGCCCGUCUCCAUCAACGCUCGCCGUCUCGCAGCUCUCUGCUCAGCCGGAGCCGCUGGCCGGCCGGCGACUCAGCGUCCUGAAGGAGGAGAUGUCCCCGAUGUCGCCCGCGCCUGAUGCCUCAGCCUCAUUCCCACCGUGUGUCGCAAACAGGGCGGAGGAGUGGGCGUGUCCGGCGUGCACACUCAUUAACGAGGCCGGAGCCAAACACUGCCUGGCCUGCCACACGCCGCAGCAGCACGGCACCCUGCUCAAACCAGCCGCGUCCCCGAAGAGGAAGGAGAGCAAGCUUGUGGAGGCGCUGCGGCAGAGUGACGAAGGAGAGGCCAAGGAGCUGUGGGAGAACAUCGUCCGCUUCUGCAGAGAGAACUCCGUGACGUUUGUGGACGACAGUUUUCCUCCCGGUCCGAAGUCCGUGGGCUUCCCGACGGACGACAGCGUCCAGCACCGAGUCAGGAAGUGGCUUCGUCCUCAUGAAAUCAACUGCUGCAACCUGAGAGAGCGCGCCGUCAAGUGGUCCGUCUUCAGAACGCUUCGGCCCUCCGACAUCCUGCAGGGGCUUCUGGGUAACUGCUGGUUCCUGAGUGCCCUGGCGGUCCUGGCAGAGCGUCCUGAUCUGGUGGAGAAGGUGAUGGUGACGCGAUCGCUGUGUUCUGAAGGAGCCUAUCAGGUGCGUCUGUGUAAAGACGGUUCGUGGACCACGGUGCUGGUGGACGACAUGCUGCCCUGUGACGACAGCGGACACCUCCUCUUCUCUCAGGCUCAGAGGAAGCAGCUCUGGGUUGCUCUGAUAGAGAAAGCUCUGGCUAAGCUCCACGGCUCCUACUUUGCCCUGCAGGCGGGCCGAGCCAUCGAGGGCCUCUCCACACUGACUGGGGCCCCUUGUGAGUCUCUUGCUCUGCAGCUCAGCGCCACCAACCCCAAGGAGGAGCCCAUCGACACGGACCUCAUCUGGGCCAAAAUGCUGAGCUCCAAAGAAGCCGGGUACCUGAUGGGGGCGUCCUGUGGAGGCGGGAACAUGAAGGUGGAUGACUCGGAGUACGAGUCCCUGGGUUUACGGCCGCGACACGCUUACUCUGUGCUGGAUGUGCGCGAUGUGGACAGCCACAGGUUACUGCAGCUGAGGAACCCGUGGGGUCGUUUCUCCUGGACCGGACCCUGGGCGGACGACUGGCCCAGCUGGCCUCCAACCCUGAAGAGGGAGCUGUGUGCUCAGCGGGCCGAGGACGGACUCUUCUGGAUGGACUUCUGGGAUUUCAUCAGGUACUUUGACUCGGUGGAUAUCUGUAAGAUUCACUCAGACUGGCAGGAGGUGCGAGCGCUGGGCGCGUUCCCCAGAGGAGCUGACGUCCCGGUGACGUUGGUGUCCAUCACGGUGCUGGAGAGGACGGCCAUGGAGCUGGUGCUGUUCCAACAGGGCAGCAGGCGCUGGGACACAGCAGAGAGCCACCUGUUGGAUCUGUGCGUGCUGUUGUUUCGGGUUUCCUACGACAGCUCGGGGACGCCCGCGCUCGGCCGCCUGCUGGCUCACAGCCGGCGCUCCGUCAGGAGGUUCGUGGGCUGCGACGUGAUGCUGGAGCCGGGCGAGUACGCCGUGCUCUGCUGCGCCUUCAACCACUGGAGCAGCAACGACACGGAGGGGAUGGCGAGCUGCAGCCGUUCAGAGGCUCCUGGUUACACGCUGGCGGUCUACAGCUCCAGACUGCUGAUGGUGGAGCAGGUCAGCGCCUCCAACACCACCAUCGCCGACGCCAUCAUCCAGCUGACGGAGACUAAAGGAGAGAGGCACGAGGGUCGUGAGGGGAUGACCUGCUACUACCUGACCCACGGCUGGGCGGGGCUCAUCGUCAUGGUGGAGAACAGACACCCGAGACAUCACCUCCACGUGUCGUGUGACUGCAGCGACAGCUUCAACGUGGUGUCGACGCGCAGCAGCCUGAAAACCAUCGACAGCAUCCCUCCGCUGCACAGACAGGUGCUGGUGGUUUUGUCUCAGCUGGAGGGAAACGCCGGCUUCUCCAUCACUCACCGGUUGGCUCACCGGAAGGCCGUCCAGGCGUCUCUGGGGAACUGGAGUCCCUCCAAGGCCACACACAGCCCCGCCCUGAGCCCCGAGACGGCAGGUCUGCACCAGCCCCGGCCCCUCUGACCGCUGACGGGAACACGAGUAAAAGACAAAAGAUCCGUUUCACACACGACACACGAGAUCUCAGCACGGAGGCAGCUUCUUUAAAGGGACCGUCCUAAACAGCACAUUCACCAGAAAUACAUGUUAUUAAAGUCAGAGCUCCUCAGAGACAGAAAGAACCUCACUGGGCACAACAAACCGCCACGCAGCUUUUUAUAGUUUACUAAAAUUGACAAAUAACAUGUUACAAUUUUACUUUAAUUUAAUAACAAGUUACAAAUUUACGAGAAAAAAGUGACAAAUUUAUGGGGAAAAGUGACAAAUUUCCAAGAAGACAAAUCACAAAUUUACGAGAAAAAAGUUAAAACUAUACAAGAAACAAAUCAUAAAUUUACAAGAAAAAAAUUGACAAAUUUACGAGAAGAAAAAUCACAAAUUUACAGGAAAAAGUUACAAAUUUACAAGAAAAAAGUGACAAAUUUACAAUAAGAAAAUAUACAGCUUUUUAUAGUUUACUUCCACAGUAAAUAUGUUCCAACAUCUUUCACUGGAACUUUUUAAAUUGUUAAAAGUAAUCUCCAUGAAUUAUGUUCGCUCAUAUUCUGUGGCGAUUCAAACAUGUUUAUUAAACAGUAUUUUUCUGCUUCAUCUCAUCAAUAUAGUUUAAAUUUUUAUCUUUAUGCACAACAUUGCAUAACAACGACUCAGAUAACUUGGAUAUAUUAAACAUUAGUGUUAAAAAAAUACAAUUAAACGAUACAUUUAAAAUAACUACAUUCAAUGAAUAAGAUUUAAAUGAAUAAAAAAUGCACAAAUCUAAUGUGUCUUCCUGCAUUAAUAUGCACCCUAAUCUAAUUUACAUGCAACAUAUUUAUUCAGGCAUAAGUUUAUUUAUAAAUUAGUUGUUCAUUAAACAUGAUUUUAAUUUCUGGAGGAAAUUUGUAUUUUAUUUAAUUUUUAUGCAAACAUUGUCACAUUUUGGUCAACGACUCAACUAACUUGUAUAUAUUAAACAUUAGUGUUAAAAAAAUACAAUUAAACAAUUCAUUUUUAAAUAAAUACAUUCAAUUAUAUAAAAUGCAUUUAAAAAAUCACAAAUCAAAUGUAUCUUCCUGCAUUAAUAUGCACCAUAAUCAGAUUUACUUCCAA